AUGCUAAAUUGGUUCACUAACUACUUAACUGGUCGGACCCAAAGAGUUGUCGUUGAUGGUGUUGCUUCAGGUUGGUCCUCAGUAACAUCUGGUCUACCACAAGGUAGCAUACUUGGUCCAAUGUUGUUUGUAUUAUUCAUCAAUGAUUUACCUGACAUCAUUCCCGAAAAAUCAGAAACUGCUUUGUACGCUGAUGACACAAAAACAUUCAGGAAAAUUACUUGCGAAGAUGAUGCUCGCCAAUUACAACAAACCUUGACAAACCUAGCCACCUGGAGCAAUACCAACAAUAUGAGGUUCAACGAGUUAAAAUGUAAAGUGUUGACUGUGUCGCGAAAGAAACAACCUGUGGACUUCACAUACCGACUGCAUGGGCUCGACCACUCUUUCUCAUGUUGA